AUCAUCGCGAAAAUGGCGAAAACAUACUCUCAAAGAGCGCAAGGUCAUAGGAAUCCAUAUUGCCAAAAUGGCUGCCUUUAUACACAAAUACACGGUUUAAGUCCUGUUUAACUACUUCGGUGGUUCUUUUUUAAAACAUCUGCAUCGAGUCAUCUAAGCACUGGGUUAGCCACUAACAGAUCAUGUUGAAACAAAAUCAGGCAAUUUCCGUCGCGUCUGGUCUAGUUGAUGAGAGUGUAAGUAAACAGGAAGGCUUCGAGUUACUCCGUUUCUCAGGCCUGUGUACAGUCGUAGCAAGAUGGUGACUGACCUGCGUAGGCCUCGUCUGACAGCCCAAGCCAUCUGCAUCACUCUACUGCUCAACUCCCUUUCAACAUCUUAUGCCACCACCAUCUGCCCUGCUGGUUUUAUGCCUCCAGACUGUGCCCAACAGUGUAAAGACGGGCACUAUGGUGCAAAUUGUGUGUCACCCUGUCCUAGCUCCUGCCUCAACCGCUCUUGCCGCCCACAGAAUGGUGAGUGCUACAAAUGCAUCCCUGGACUCACGGGCAGCAGAUGCUCAGAGCAAUGCCCUAAAGGUUUUUUUGGGCAAGACUGCAAGCAACCCUGCCCGACGGGUUGUCAAGACAACCUGUGCGACCCUUUCGUCGGCGCGUGCCUUCAGUGCCUCCCCGGCUACAGUGGCACCAAAUGUGAAUCUCUCGUCCCGGUGCCGGGUAGCCACGCCUUCAAACAGCCCACCGACGAGAGCACCCGAACUGCGAACAAGAACUCCAUGUUGUACAUGAUUAUAGCGGCCGUCUUAUUUUCCUUGCCCGGCUGCAUUUGGCCUUGUUGGGUGUGUUAUUUCAAGAAAAAAAAACAACUCUCAGAAUCCAGCCCAAAAAAACAUGUUUACAAACCACUAAACACGGACGAUGGGCUGCAGACAAACGCCUCAGCCAUAAAAGGGAACCCAGAAUCACAUCUGAAUUUUAAAGAUGCACGGGAACCCAAGCGGGGUAGAGGUGAAAAACGAAAACCCUCUACACGAAAUUCGCCCUCUCCGCCGUCGAAAACAACGAAAAACACUUUCGGUUACUACAGCAUACGGACUAAAUCCUCGACGGGCGUGCAUGUUGAGAGCAGCUUCCAAAACAAGGACCAGCUGACCGACGAGACUUUGGAGCUUGGUGGCUUUUUGAAAAAUUUCGACCACAAUAAGGUUCUUAAUGAAAACCGACCACUCGACGUGAAGAAAGCAGCGAACUACACGGAUAAUUUAUAUUUUAAAACCUCAACUAAAACCGCGAGUGUGGCCUCUGCAAGAUCGGAAAAAUCCGAUGUACAAUCUAUUAAUAGAGACGAUCACAUACCCAAGAGUGGGAGUACUCGUGGGGCGGAAAGUAAAAAUAACGCUGGUGACAAUUUGAGCCUGUUGACCCGUGGGGGCGUCAUUGGUCAACAUCCGGCCCAACACACUAUUGCUGUGCAGACAGUCCAGUGCGAGUUAGAGCUAGAUGAAACGCGUGGUAAACAAGACUCGCCGGAACAUCCUGCGCAUGCGCGUAGGGGUACUAGACAAAAGAGAUCGUUUAUGACACGCGUUUGGGGGAGGUUUGCAAAGUUGACCAAAAGACGUUCAAGUAAAAACGAUCCAGAGGCAAUCAAGACAAAAGAACAAUCUAAGAGUACCAAACAAACAGCCACAGAAAAUCAGGCUACUGCAGACCAGUACACGUGUGUGGACGAGGCCAAUGACCCCGUGUAUAACGAGACCACACAACCAAUCACGCGUGAAAGUUCAACACAGUCGAAAGCUUUGGAUCCAAGGAGGUUCAAGAGGAGAUCGAAUCGAGCUCAGAGCUUUGCUAAACUAACCCAGACUGAGCUUGGCACCGAGUCCCGUGUUCUGUCAGACAGCGGCUGUAAGGAGGCGGAGAAAACAGGAAGUGAACGUGAGCUAGCGAGCGUCCGUCAAGUGAGCUUUUCCAACCCUCAUUCUCGUGCCUCUAGCCAUCCAAGCAAACCGGACGGCUACGAAUCAAACGGUGGUAUUGCUCAAGAAAAUGACGUCAGCAAGCAAAGAAACACUAACCCUGAGGGCAAAACGCUGGGAACUUCCCGCCAAUCUGCGAGUCUGCCAGAUUACGCCGUUAACUACCCUCACGAAACAUCCGGGAAAUCUCUUCAAAACGGAAGAUCAAGCCCCGUUCUACAAAACACAGAGCCUGCUUUGACAGCCCAUGGAGACUGUCGGAAAGAAGAGCAGCGCCUCAGUCAUUUGGCCUCCGUCAAAAAGGUGCCCGGCGAAGCAGAGGGUAGAAAAAAUCCGAAUAAGACAUUUGUUGUGAACUCGCCCCAGAAGCUGAUCAAAAAAUACGCAAGCCGUAGCAUGGGAGACAUCAGUACUAGCGGCAUGUCCUGCGGCUUAAACAAACCUGAUCCCAUCCACUCGGAGUACAAGCCAUACACCAUGGACCCCAACUUGCACGAGCCAAUUCCGGUGUUGUUGUACCCGUCCCAACACUACGCCACGCUGGGAAGCUGUUCCAGGGAGGCUGCGCAGACCUUCACAGUUCAACAAGCGACACGCCAGCAGAUAUGUUACCUUAAUAACUACCCAGUCUUCCCUGAUAUAUUUCUCAACGAAGCAAUGUAUCGCUGCAACAUGUUUAGCAGCCUGCACCCAACAAAACCCCCGGCAAAAGAUUCCAAUCCUCCCCCCAGAAUUCCCAACUUGCAGGGGCAUAACUGUAACGAUGACACAAGCACGGCAAGUGCUUCGAUAUCCGAACUGGGGCCCACAGUGAGCGAAUCGCGUGACGUUGGCACCAGAAUAAUGGGCCCGCAGCAAAAGAGCAAGACCCGAGAAGGUCACGCAAACCGGAGCAAGCAAAGAGAUUCUGAAGACUCGACCUUACUGAACAACACAGUCCCAGACGUGUUUAACGACAUGAUUGUAACCAAACAUCGACCGCCGAUUGAUAAAUACCAUUCUCUUGAGGGCCAUAAAUUCCUAAAGUCUCCCAAUUCCCCGUUUGUUGCCCCACCACCGACCGUCUCCCCGGCGAUGGCUUACGAGCAGGUCAGGCAGCAGGGGGACACCAGGGAUGAAAUUCUCCACAGCUUGCAUCAGCUGAGGGAACAACACCCCGACCUAUUCCUUAACCCAAAGUUAGGUUUGGAACCCGGAUAUCUCAUGAAUGACCCGGUGUCGAAACAAGUUUUCGAACCAGGACAAACCGUAAAACACGGCGACACAGACAAAAAAAGCGAACUUGAAAAUCUUUCCCAGAAGCUCAAAUAUUCCGAGUGUUGCAAGCGUUCAUCCCGACACCGUAACGUUCAACCGCCUGGAAAUCAGCAAACACAAAGGCAGUGUUCAGACGGCCGGAACCAAACGAUGAAACCUACAGGGAAACAACUCAAAUCAGUUCCAGAAAACAAAGACAUCGAUGACGAUUCCUUCUUCAACCCGUUGUCUUCGACCGCACAGAAAUCCUUGUUUGGCACGUAUAAAAAAAGUAGCCGGAAAACUAAAGUCGAUUCCGGAUCGUCAUCCCUGUCAUCGGAUAGCACAUGGGACAACACGGAUACCAGUGCCAGGAUCUCUGAGAUAGCCCGACAAGCGGAGAGCUAUUCCAAGACGGUCUCUCAGAGACACCAGACAAAAAGUGCUGCCAUCAAGCCGGUUCAGAAAAUUGUCAAACCUAAACCAAAGGUUGUAGCUGCCCCUAAAUUACCAUCAACCCCGAAACCAAAGAUAGAAACUAAUUCUAAACAAAAAUCUAACCCUCCCAAAAAAAUACAAAAAGUUGGCAAAGACAAGAAACCUCCGCCGACAUCAUCAUCAUCAGAAACAUCAUCCUCAGAAGAUGACAGCAGUACUGAACCAGUGCAGAGAUCCCCAAAGCCUAAAACCACCAACUCCGCCGACGCUAAGCAAAAUGCUAAAAGCCCCAAAAAGAUCAAUGUCAAAGUUCAAGCUAAGCCUAGCCCUAAAGUAGAUAAAACUCCUUGCCAUUCCCCACCCAAGCAGUCGGUAACGAAGCCGGCCAAGAAGGAAGACGUGCAGAAAAAAGAGGACAAAAAUAGUACAAGUGCUAAAAGUCCCAAGGAGAUGAAUGUCAAAUUUGAGGAUAAGAAAGGCCCCCGCGAUGCCAAAACUCAACAACGGUCUCCGGACAGCAAGUCGACUGUAACUAGCGCCAAUAAAACGGAAGUCAAGAAAAAAGCGGCGCCGAUAAAAAUAUUAAGUCCUAAGACUAUGAGUCCUAACGCGGCGCUGAUAAAAAUAUUAAGUCCUAAAACUAUGAGUCCUAACGCGGCGCUGAUAAAAAUAUUAAGUCCUAAAACUAUGAGUCCUAACGCGGCGCUGAUAAAAAUAUUAAGUCCUAAAACUAUGAGUCCUAGACAGGAUACACUCAAAAUCAAACCCGAAAGCCCAAAAUCUCAACAACAAUCAACAGCCAUGACAGCCCAAACUUCCAAACACAUUGUCAAAGAGUUGCAAAUUGUAACUGAACAGACCGGUGCUCAGACUAAGAAACAGAACGUGGCGGAGAAAAGCAAAUCGCCGCUACAGAGAAAUGAAUAUUUUCCUGGCCAAGGGGACAACGUUGUCGUGACGGACAUUAUAAUUGCUGUACACAACCAGAAAAAUACACCCCAAUCCGAGAGAUCAUACAUCAGCACCGUCAACCAAAAUCUACGUUCCGACUGUAUAUCCACCGUUAGGAUCGUCUCACCACAGGUGAAGCAAAGCGAGUUGAAAACCAAAUCGGAGAUUGAUUCUAAAAUAAUUAUGUACCAAGUUAACAACAAAGACGCGCGUAAGGAAGUUGACAAGCGGCAGGGGAAGAGUCCAAACACAGUCCGCGUCCUGCUGCCACAAGAAAAACAAGCUCAACACGAGAAGAAAAAACAAAAAAAAUCCACUUCCGGUUUGAGAGAGUCUGGUAAAGACACGUCAAGAAACAAAUCUUCGCCUUUAGAGUUGUUUGAAGCAGACGCCAGGUCCAGCGCGCAUCCUGCAGACGGGGAGGUGCAGCAGUCGCUCGACUACUUUGUGCUGUGUCCCGUGGAGCAGCUGCCCGGGGGGCAGGUGGUGGACAAGCAGACCAGGGGCGAGCACCUGAUGAGCAACGCAACCAGCUUCCACUACGUUCUCCGGUCGCCCCAGUCUCUAAGGACCACGCCUGAAAUGGCCAGCAAAAACUCGGCGCACUCGACAGGAAGAGACUGGACAUGCGAGCCGGGGAUGGGGAUGUACCCCAUCCCCUCCCUGUUGGAAGAUGUCGUCAAGCUAGACACCGUCUACAGCGAAUCAAGUUUCUCCCACGUGGAAGAGAGGCUGAUACUGAGCGACGGGAACAGGGUCAGGUCCAACAUAUCGAAGCCCCAAUCCAUCAUCAUCGACAACAGGUCUUGUCCAAUCCGUUACCAAGCUUACGGUCCGGGAAAAGAGUCUCGCUGCCACAGCUUGCCGGCUCAGGUGUUUAUGGUGGACCCGCUGUCUAAAAAUGUUGUCCCACAAGGCGAGGGGUAUAAAGCGGAUGCAGCACAUUGUCCGCCUGGUGAAGCAGCCCAGUCUAGAAUCUUCCAACUGCCCAACACAGCCCACGGCACCAAGCUCAACUUUUAUCGAAGACAAGGGACAGAAAACUCCGAACCGCAAAAAGACGAAAGCACGGAGCAGUUCAAGUCGGUGAUAGACGAGGACUCGGAUUGUUUCUUCGACGCCAUGGAACACCGGGACUCGUACUCGUACGACAAGCACAUGGACACCACCUGUCUGUCGUCGGGAAAGCACAGCAUACCGUUUGACCAGAGAAGGAAAAAUAACAGCAAAAGCGACCCAAACGACGCUAAAACGAAACGGCCGAAAACAGGUCAAAAGAAACUCAAUUGCGCGUUCAGGUUUGCCUCGACCCAAACAGCCAAAGAUGGCGCCAGUUCCGUUAACAAACCCAAAGAAGGUGCUAGCUCGACGAACAAACACAGAGAGGGGUCCACAUCCGGGAAGAAGAAACCCUCGUGUUCUGAAGAAUCCUCCAACAACGCUCAGACAAAACAAGCCAAGAAAACUUUGAAGACACGAGGAAGGAAGGGAUUAACAGAAGAUACUGCGGUGUACACGACAAAACACCCCAAAAUCGAGUACACAACCAAGGAACAACGUGAUCUGUUGAGGGGAAAAGAAAAACACGGACUGGAUUAUUGCACCUCAAACGCCACGAGAGAAACUCUGGACUUCUUACAAACGUCACUAGAUGAAAUGUAUUUAGCACCAAGCUAUGUGCUUAGAGAACAUUCUGGAGAAAACAUUUACAUGAGUAGGAAAUAUAGUAGAAAUGCUAAGUCGAAUCCACCAGAAGCCACGUCUAAAUCAGCCGACAGUUUAUACCCAACGUCUAAACCAGCCGACCGUUUAUACCCAACGUCUAAAACAGCCGACCGUUUUUACCCAACGUCUAAAACAGCCGACAAUUUGCAAGUAUCGUCUAAAGAAGAUGAUAUUGUGUACACAGCGUGUAAAGCAGAUGAUCGUGUGUACACAGCUUGCACAGAACUGGACAAAACGAAAGCCACGAAACGCCUCCACCCUGACGUCUUCUACGACGCCUCCUGGCACAGCUGAGGGUGGAGGAGGGUGGAGGAGGGUGGAGGAGGGUGGAGGAGGGUGGAGUUGAUCUUAACAGACACGGCCUGGACUGGACCUGACGCACAGACGACCCACGUGACCGUAAAUGACCUAAGUCAAGCAGCCACGACUUAAGUCGAUCAGCUGACUAAAUCCAUUAGACUUACAAAGAAGUUUUAACGACUGAAUUUGGUUGCUAACUCAGAGUGAAGAGAUCGGGAAAUCUCGGGAAAGCUCGGGAAAACUCGGGAAAGCUCGGGAGGGCACGGGUUCACAUAGUCUCGGAUACUUCCUGCCAUCACUGACUGACAAAUCGUCUGGAACUUUUGAUCUGACUACAGGAAACAGGCACUAAUCAAUUCAUGUUUUGAUGACCUCGAAAGAUGAACCGUAAACUUUAAAUGACUCAACUUGAUCUCACGGAAGUCGAUUUUUGUAUUUGAUGUAUACAUUUUAUAAUAAACAACAAAAUUCAUUUUUAACUAUUG